GAUUGUUGAUGUGUUGUUCAUUUAUGUUGUGAACUUGUAAAUAAUGUUUAUUGGAUUUUAUACUGAAAUAAAAUAGGUUUAAAAAUUAUUAAAAAUGGAUACCAUGACCUUAAAGGAAAUACAAAGUAAAUUGUUACUAUGGGAAGCUGCAGAGAAUCCGUUAGCGCCACUAACUUCCUCGCAAAGAGAAGCUAUUCUGGACUUGGAAACCUUGAUACAAAGUGAUGGUGUUUCAGAUGAGGAUUCACAAGAAUCCCCACUAAGUGAAAAUGCCGACACCACAAAUGUACCGCAAGUCAAUACAAUGUAUGAUUUUCUGGAGUUUUAUGAAAACUUGAGUGAGCAAAGUAUAAAGGCCGGUGAUGCCCCAUAUGAGGCAUAUUACAAACAAUUAGAAGACAGAAAGAAUGAAUGUGUAUCAUUGACUGAUCAGAUUACAGCUACAUUGAAAAAUUUGGACAAACUGUCUGAUGAAUACAAUUUAGUUUCUAACAAAACAAAUGCUCUCCACACUAUGAGUGAGCAACUGCUGGCUGAUCAGAACAAACUCUCUGCUAUUGGCGAUAAUAUAAAACAGAAGUUGCAUUAUUUCACACAAGUGGAGCACCUCUCGCAGAGACUCAACAGCCCCACUAUGUCGGUUAACAGCGAGACAUUCUUCAGUGUUCUGUCUAAAAUUGACGAGUGCUUAGAGUAUAUGCGGGCUAAUAACACAUUCAAAGAAGCACACGCAUACACAGUGAAAUACCGUCACUUGCAAAGUCGUGCUAUGUCCCUCAUACGUAGCUACGUUAACCACGUGCUGAAUAUGGCGACGGAACAAGUGCUCGCCCCAGAGGAGCCACAUGAUAGCGAGACGAUGGAUAUGGCGUAUGCUGUCUACUUCGGCAAGUUUCAAGCUGUCGCACCAAAGUUGAAAAUGGUGAUUGGUGAAAUUGAAAAGCGAGCGGAGGUCAAUGAAGACUACGCGUCGCUGCUGUCGGACGUGCAGCGCGAGUACGCGGCGCGGCGGCAGCGCGUGGCGGGCGCGCCGACGGCGGGCGCGCUGGCGGCGGCGGGCGGGCGCCACGCGCGCGACCACUGCGCGAUGCUGCGCGCCGCGUGCUCGCUGCUCGCGCUCGCCGUGCGCGACGAGUGCGCGCUAUAUGCCCACUUCUUCUCGAAAUCGUCGCCAGCUUUGGAGGAAUACCUCCAAUCGCUCAGCAACGGCUUGUACGAGACGCUGCGGCCGCACAUCAUCCACAUCAACCAUCUGGAGACGCUCGCCGAACUGUGCGUCAUACUCAAGGUGGAGGUCAUCGAGGAACAAGUUAACAAUGACCCGUCCCUCGCGGCGCUGGGCGCGGUGGCGCGCGCGCUGCUGCAGGACACGCAGGAGCGGCUCGUGUUCCGCGCGCACGUGCACCUGCGCGCCGACGUGCUGCACUACCGCGCCGCGCCCGGCGACCUCGCCUACCCCGACAAGCUCGAGAUGAUGCAGCAAAUCGCGUUGUCCCUACAAGAGCAAAGCCUUAAACGGAGUGACUCCAGAAAUUCUAUGAUAUCAGACAUUUCAACCACCUCACAAGAAGUCGCCAACAUUAACGUAGAAGCCCAACGUCGACCGCAAGCCUCUCCAGCUGACCUGCACGGAAUGUGGUAUCCAGGCGUACGACGAACUCUAGCAGCAUUAUCCAGACUUUACAGAUGUCUGGAAAAACGAGUUUUCCAAGGCCUAGCGCAGGAAGCGAUUUCUCUUUGCGUCCAAAGUGUGGCCAAUGCGGCAAAUCAAAUCUCAGCCCUAAAAACGAGCAUUGACGGCGAAUUGUUCCAAAUAAAACAUCUCCUCAUUCUCCGGGAGCAGAUAGCACCGUUCCAAGUCGAUUUUGUCAUUAAGGAAACCUCUUUAGACUUUAGCAAUAUGAAGAAUGCUGCAUACGGUCUUAUACAACGUCCGCGGCAGAUAUUUUCUUUGAAUAGCAACAAUGCGCUAUUGGAAUUUCUUCUGGAAGGUACGCCGAUGGUCAGGGAGCAUUUGUUGGACUCGAGGAAGGAGGUAGACCGACAGUUGAAGAGUUGCUGUGAGAUGUUCAUUAAGGAUGCUACUGAAAUUAUGGUCGGGCCUUUGAUCGAGUUUAUUGAGAAGGUUCAAACCUUUCAACCAGCAGACCAGCUCAAAGUACAGCCCUGGGCAACGGCGUCUCAAAUAGCCGUAAUAGUGCAAGAAGCUCAGAGACGGAUCAAAUCUCACUUAGCGCCGAUUCAACGGUCCAUGCAGUUGUAUCUUGCUAAUAAGGAAACUGAGUUCAUACUCUUCCGGCCUAUACGGAACAAUGUUGUUGGAUACUUCGUACAAUUGGAGCAAUUACUGACAAAUUCUGGUUAUUCCUACGAUGAUAUAAUUAUUGUAGCUUGUCCUACACCUGAACAAGUAUCAGUCUUCAUAUCAUCUGCCAGCCUCAUUAGCCACAACGAACCAGUGUUGCCAUAUGGGAAAAAGAAACCGACUACUGUCAUUCGGAAACCUAGUGUUACCAGUAUUACAGAAAAAAAAGAGGAUAAACCAGCUAUUGCCAGCAAUGCUGCCACUAGUCAAACAUAGACAUGAUUGUGUCAUUUUAUUAUGUAGUAACAAAUAAUUGCAUUU